CCCGUCUGUCGCCGUCCCAGCAACCCGCUGCGAAUCUCCCUCCCCUCUCACCCCUGCCUCACAACUUCCGUCUCUGUACCCCUCCGCGCACCAUGGCAUUCCCGAUCCAGCUCUUCAGGGUCGCGCUGUCGACUGAUGCCCGAACCAAAGCUUACGUCAUCCAGUGCCUGUCGUCGACCAAGAAGCCUGCCGAGCGAUACAUCAUCUAUCGCGAUCUCGACGAGGUCGUUAGGCUCGAGGCCAGCUUGCGCAAGAGCAAGAUCCGGAUGUUCUACUCGCUCAAGUCCCGACUCGUGGACCUGACCAUUGCCGACAUGGACAUCUGUCCCGAGAUCGAGUUCUACCUCAACAACCUGCUGAAUAUCCCGGCUAUCAACAACAACUCCCACUUUGCAAGCUUUGUCAGCAACGAUACACUGCCCGAGUUCAUCCCGCUGCCCAGGAAAUCGCGUCGAAGCACCGGGCUUGAAUCCGGGGCCGACGCCACGGCCGAGGCUGAUGCUUCCCCGGUUACCGAAGAUGCUGGUCCAUCCGCAUCCACCGACCCCAUUCCCCUUCGCCUGUCCCCCGAGCCCGAAGAGUCGCAACCCGAAGACAGCCUUCCUGAGGAGAUUGCCCUCAGCCUCGACAACCUGGCCCGCCUCCCAACAGACGAUUUGCUCUACGCCCAGAGCAUCGCAUCCAAGAACUCCAUUAGACACAUCUCUCUCGAUCUUGGCGAAGACGGCGGCGAUGAUGCGGCCGCUAUUCCCUCCGGCUCGUCGUCGUCCUCGAAUCUGGUUGCCCCAGGCUCUUCCACAACCACCUUGGCCGAGCCGGCAGAGACCAGCCCCAUGACUCCGACCCCGGCCCUUUCCGACCCAAAGUCGCUCCCCGCCAAACAGACCAUCACCACCCUCAAGCGCAACCUGUCCAAGCUGCGCGAAAAGAACCCGAUCCGACGGCUAUCUCUCUACCGCCAGAAGAAAGACUUUGACGAGCUCGACGACGAGAGCCGCUACGUCAACGCCCGAUAUCCGAGCAUGUACUUCAAGAACGAGAGCAGCCAGGAGCCCGAAGUGGCCUCGGUCAUGAGUGUCUCGCACUGGGACGCCGACGCUGACAGUAUUGCCGACAGUAUUGCCGACAGCAUUGGUGAUAGUAUUGGUGAUAGUAUCGCUGAUGACACUGCCGACAGUGAGCUCACGAAACCGGAAGCCGAUACCGAGCAAGACCAAGACCAAGACCCCGGCUCGACCCCGGGAUCGUUCGGCGAGCUCUCGAGCCUAGAAACGACACCCAGAGCCAGCGAAGAUACCCAACGAAACUCAAGCUCGGCAACACUGUCCAAGGAUACUGGAAUGAUUCACCUAGAACAUUCGGUGACAGCACCAUCCCUCGCCGAGUCUGCCUUCCUCUCAAGAGACGCCAUUGAAGUGCUUCCUGAUAGAUUUGCUGUGCCUGCUUCCUCGGGCAUCACCUCCAUCGCCGCAACUGCUGCUCCUGCGUCGGAACCCGCCAUUGCGCUGGCUCGACAGAGCAGUGUCAACGACCAAGCCCAUACUGCUUCCCACGCCCCCUCAACUGCCAAGCCAGACCCCAAGUCACCGACAGAGAGUUUCCGCGGCAGCAUCGAAGUCCCUCGCCCAGUCUCCACCAUCGGAGACCAGUCGCCGGCGAUGGCGACCUCGCCCUCGUCCUCGUCGUCGUCGUCGAUCUUGCGCACAUCCGCAGUAAUCAAUACGAACUCUCUGCGAUGGUCCGACUCGGUGCGUGAACGCGAACCCCGGCUAUCCGUCUCGGCCUCCAGCAUCACCAGCUCUACCACCACCAUCACGAACGAGCAGCCCAAGCCCCCCCAGCCCAGUGAUGUGCUCGAGUCGAUCCGGUCGACGCUCCAGCGCUCGACCUCACGAUCCAGCUCUCGGCGCCAGAGUGUCUUGCGGGUGCAGCUGCCCGUUCCGGCGAUCACCGCCAGCCCACUCCUCCCGGCCAGCCCGAUCAGCCCCGAGUCGUUCUAUCUCCCUAUGGGCUCGCACUCCAGGAUAUUUCCUGCACCGGUGCUGGCGUCUGCAAGCUGCGGCCCGCUGAUCUCCCUCGCCGGAUUGCCGAGCCCGACUCUGCCUCUGAGCCCGAGCUUGCCUUCGCCGCCUGAAGCUACUUUGAGUGACUCUGAGUCGGUUCCGACGGAGCGACCUCGCCGCGACUCACUCGACCUUGGAGCCAUUGGAAACCUGCGCCGGUCACUCUCUGCCCGACGACAGUCUCGCCGCCAAUCCUUGUCCGAGGCUGAGGAUAGCGACAAGCCGAUCGAGAUUGGCUCUGUCCCCAACUAUCACACCUGGGGCCGCAAGCCCAAGCAAACCCCGCAGCAACAACAACAGCAGCAGCAGCCCGGGGCCGUAUGCUGAGACACAGUGGUUUCGCAGCCGCAGACAGGGGGGGCUUACUCCUCUCCGCUCUGAUUCGGCGCUGACAACACAGCGCCAGUUGCGCCAGCGCUUCCUCAUCGGUGAUUUCCGCUUGCUUGCAUGCUU